AUGACCUGUUUUGUGACAGUCGGAACCACAUUAUUUGAAGACUUGAUUAACAAAGUAUUGUCAGAGGAUUGUUUGACAAAUCUCAAAAAGAUUGGAGUGAAAAAAGUUCGUCUCCAAAUCGGAAAGGGAAAUUUUGAACAGGAAGUAGUGGACCGUGUCUUCGGAGGUGUUGCGGCAGAUGAAGGUUCGGCUAGCUUGGAAGGACUUGAGAUUGAUUAUUAUCGCUUCAAGCCUUCCAUCAGUGAGGACAUGGCAGACGCAUUUGUUGUAAUCGGACAUGCAGGCGCUGGAACAUGCUUAGAAGUAUUGGCUCUUCAUCUGCCAUUCAUCACAGUAACCAACGACAAGCUGAUGGAUAAUCACCAAGCCGAACUUGCCAUUCAGCUUUCCGACGAUGGAUAUCUUCUUCAAUGCACACCGACGACUCUCCCUGAAAUGAUCCUCAAGGAGGAGCUAUUCUCUCUUCGCCAAUUCGCAGCUCCUAACAAGAAAUUUUUGGCAGAGCAUAUCAAAGAGAUGGUUGGAAUCAAGAGUGAAUCUUAA